CUGCUCCUCAGCCCACGGGCCGAGUGGAAUCACAAACAACGCCAGCUUGAAUACGGCCUCUCGCGCCGCCGGUACGAAAGGGACUGGCGCCGCGCGACCCCGCAGCCGUGUUUUAUCAAUGGAGCAGCGGUCCCAUAUUCGGUAGCGGCGCGCGCACCUCCACCAAUAGAACGGCUCUAUCUCCCCCCGAUGACGUCACCGCCCGUCGCCGCCCACCGCCCGCGCCUCCAACACCCCCCCGGACCCCCUCGCACCCCCCGGACCCCUCCCGCUACUCGUAGACACGCGCUCCGACCGCUCUCGCGCCCGCUAAAGCCUUACAACCUUUUACCUUGUACCUUGGAGUUUUACGUUUGA